GUGUACAUCGCCGGUCGUGUGUAAAUACGCGGCGAACCGAGUGGGGGGACGACGCCUCUCUAAGCGACGCUCCGCGUCUUCGUCAGUCAAAUUGCGAUCGUCUCCGCGCGACGGGUCGCCUGUUCAGCAUCGCGCCACGAGCCGCCGGCACGCCAGUUACCCGCCGCGGUGAUAAUAGCAGACGUUCGUGACAGUGUUGAACACCGCCGACGAGGUGGCCGGCCAGCGUUGCAUUUGGCACGCACGAAUAUUCCGUGGAACACCAGUUACGCCGGUUCGUCGACGAGAAUAGACCCUCUCUGCGAGGAGAGACCGUCUUCCGGAUCCCCGGCGACGCUUGCCGGGUUCGCUGUUCCGGAUAUCAGCUUUCAACCGGAUCCUAGCUGAACAUCCCGCUCCUUCCGGCCGCCUAAAACGAAACGUGAGUCAAAUCCUAGGGAAAAAGAACGCGGGGCAAGGGAGGAUCGUAACGGAAGCAAAUUAAACCGACGGAACGACGACCCUCUAAAGUGACCAGCAAGAUGAAGAGCUUGACUUUCUUGCUGCUGUUCCUGGUCGCCGUGACCGUGUGUCACGAGCCGUUCCAAGUGAUCUUCCAGUGGAACACCGUGGACGUCGCCUGGCCAAGCGAGGAGGAGAGAGAUUACGCUGUCAGCCACAAUGACUAUGUGCCCGCCAAUAACUUCAUCGCUGGUAUUAAGUUCUGGAAGGGUAAGAUGUACUUAUCGCUGCCACGCUGGAGGGACGGGGUGCCGGUCACUCUCGCGGUCACGUCCGCGACCCCCAUCAACAGGAUCACGGCGCCGGUUUUGGAUGCCUACCCCAGCUGGGAGAUGCAGAAGAUCGGUGACUGCAGUGCUUUCCAGUUCGUCCAGAGCAUGGAGAUCGAUCCUAUCGGUCGCAUGUGGGUGAUCGACUCGGGAACGAUGUCUCCUUUAUCGGUAGAGACGAAGGCCACCUGUCCGGCUCGGCUGGUGAUUCUGGAUCUAGAAAACAAAGGCGAGAUCCUGAAGUCGUACGAGUUCCCUCCGAACGUCGCUCGUCCGGGCAUGGCUUACUUGAACGACAUCGUCGUGGACCACGAGGACGGCGGCAUGGCGUACAUAUCGGACAGCGACCGGGAGGAUCCGGGUAUAAUCGUGUACUCGCUGCAGAACAACACCUCCUGGAAGAUCAGGCACGACUCGAUGAAGGCUAAGCAAGAAGCGGUUAAGUUCAUGAUCUCGAAGGUGUUGAUCAAUAUGCCGAUACCAGUGGACGGGAUCGCGUUGUCGCCGGCCAGCGUCAGCAACAGGCAGAUAUACUACUCGCCCUUGUCCUCCUUCCAUUUGUACUCGAUGCCAACGUUCGCGCUGAAGAGCAACGCGAGCAACUUGGACGACUACGUGCAGGAGCUCGGCAGGAAGAACUCGCAGUCAGACGGUAUGAUCAUGUCCUCCACCGGGGUGCUGUACUUCGGGCUGCUUGCGGACGACGCGGUAGCCAUGUGGGACACCAAGCAAUCCAGCUCGUUCAACACCGGGCAGCGAGUGAUCUCCAGGGACCACGAGAGGAUGCAGUGGCCGGACACGUUCGCGUUCGACGAGGAGGGCAACUUCUACUGCGUGACCAACGCGAUGCAGAACAUCCUGAACAAUCGGGUGAACGUCAGCGUGCCGAACUACAGGGUCGUCCGAUCGAAAACCAGGCUGAAGAGCUACCAAUAUCUCGAGGACGGCAGCGCGCCGCAGCAACCGGAGAUACCCGCUUCGUCCGCUAACAGGAUUACCCUCUGGUUGGCUACGGGAUUAGCCGUUCUGCUAGCCGUGGUGGUUCAGUAACGCGCCCCGCUAUACCCGCCGGUUGCCGUUUCUCUUCCUUUCCUUUCUGUUUCUAGACGGUAGACUGAAUUUCGACGCACGCCACGGGUAUUACCAAAGACGUUCGACCUUUAUCUUCCCAGACGGAUCACGCCGGUUACCCAUCCAGUGCUGUCCCGGUGACUCGGAACGUCCAGUGCGCCCCUCGUUUCACGGGUGCACGGAUUCACUGACGCGCGUGAAGUUACGGUCGUAAGCGCUGCUCGGCUUCCCGUGUAGCGCGAGUCGUUCUCGAACUGUACAGGUGAACACGUUCAAGCUCCGGUAAGAUCUCCAUCGGUUCGUUCGGCGACUCGCGUCGGUCGAUCCGCAUUCUUCUUGAGGGACACCCUGUACAACUCUAAACAUCUGUGUCUGUAAUCUCGAUGUAGAAUGAGCAUUCCGUUCGCUUGCCCGUCGCUCGCGCGAGCAGGGAUGCGUUUAAUUUAAUAUUUAUAGGGGCACCAGGUGUGUCACGUUUGUACCCGCGCACGCUGCGACGGGCAUGCGUGCAUGAUUGGAAGCUCUAGUCUAGCGUGCGUCUUGGACGAUGGAACUACGACGAGGCCGCUCGUUACCGUAAUCUUUGAAACUGAUUGAUCGUCUCUGGCGCAGUCGUAGAAAAUUUCUGUCAGCCGAGUGGAAUUGGACUGGAGGCAUUCGAGUCAGUCCACCGGUACCGUUGGUUCCUGUAAACAACGGUUCUGAUGGAGCGACAGAACUGCCCAGGAUUCCUCGAGGACAAGGGCUAAUUAGGAAACGCGUUUACCAAUGUCAUUCUGAUUGCCAUCUAAGAUUCUCGGGCGAAAUUGAUCUCGAAAUUGAUCGGUGCAAUUACCGUUGAUGGUCUUUACCGCAUGGAACAGUAGCGUACACGUUUUCCUUCCAGCCACGACGCUGUCCUCGAGACGAAGCUUCUUCUUAAUCCGUUUAGAGUCCUGUUCGAAUUGUUUCAGCACCUCUUCAGCGAGUACCAAAGAUUCCAAUCGAUUGGCUCCGCGAAGAAUCGAAGAACACGGGUCCUGCAAAGAAACGCCCGUGUUUCUGUAAUUUUCUGUAACGAUAUUUCAUAGAGAGUAUAAUAAAAAGAAACGAAUCUGUCGAACCUUUCAAAAUCGAAUUCACCGAUCAACGGCUGCGGCCAUUGUUCAUCGUGGUUAACGCUAAAACUAUCGGACAAGUCAAAUUCACCCGUUUUAGAAUUUCCAGCUUGCGAGUAUUUAAACGUUCGCUACCAGCGUUUAUUUCGGUGAGGACCUCAAUUGUAAUAUUUUAUUCGAUCCAAUGAGUCUUCUAAACAGAAUAUCGAAAAAAUGAAACUGGAACAUGUUGAGUUCCGAAAUAUAAUGCCGUAGCUUGUAACUUGAAAUAACAGUAUCUAUAAGAUUAGUUUCAUUUGCUUUAUGUAAAAUAUAAGAUUGCGCCUGUCACAGGUAUGUGACGCUAGUAACGAACGUGUUAAAUUGUGACAAGACUUUGCGAAAGAUUGUAAAAUAAAUUUGUGUAUCUAUACAAAUACAGCAAUAAGGGAUCCAUUAAAUCUCGAGAAGCAUAUUGUCCUGAUUUCUAUAAAAACAUAGAACCGAGUCACUCGAGUCGCUCGGUAGUUUCAGUGUUAAUCAAUUCAAGGUAAACACUUUCACGUAAUAUGUAUAAAUAAUAAAUCUACCAGUAUUCCAUC